ACUCAUGUCAAAUACGCACAGCGCGCAAGUUAACGCUCCAUGCGCUACGUAAACGACAUCCCCUCACAGAUGAACAGAGUAACUUCGCGGGUCCACGCAGCCUCACUCAAAAUCCAAAACGCUGCACUUCCAUUUGACCACGCUGUCCACCGCGGACGCGGAAGCCCUGUUACCUUGUACCUCCCGGCGCACGUUACCCCUUCCCCACGGUUACCUUGUACCUUCUCUCUCUCUCUCUCUCUCUCUCUCUAAACCAGUUUCCACUACAAGAAAGCUUCUGCGAGAGAAGUCGGGAAGUUAUCCUCUGCUUCGCUGCAUUUGGUGUUGGUGUUCAUAUUUGCUAAUGUGAGACUGAGCCCCAUAAUUUGAAGACAUAGUAUGAUUAGGGUGAAAGGAGUAAUCUGAUUUUCGACGACAUUAUCUUAUUUGUGCUCAAAGUUACACCUCUACUGGUUGAGAAUCGGCCAUGCCUCAUGCGGCUGCUACGCGGUUUUUGCAUGAUUGGAGAAGCCACAGUAAUCGUGGAUGCCGUAAUCCUGAUGCUUGUCUUGUAGGAAAGGGUCGAGUACAUAUGGUUGGCAUCAAUCUUCCGUCGCAUGGUUUGCGACAGGGUGCCUGCAGUCUCCAUCUUUUAAGCAGUGUACGCGUCCCAAUAGGUCCAGUUUCUUCCAGAUGCAAUGUUUUCUUGUGCAGAUCUGUUUUAGGUCCAGGUGGACGAAAUGGAGUUCCUGUUGUGAAAUCUGCUACUCUUGUCUUAACAAGGUCCUAUGAUGCUUUACGUGGAAGCCCUGCUUUGCUUAAAUUGAUCCCAGCAGCGGCUAUCAUUGCUUUUGCUGUUUGGGGUAUUGGGCCACUAUUGCGUCUCGGCAGGGUUAUUUUUCUUCGACGGAAUGAUAAUACUUGGAAGAAAAGUAGGUCCCACUAUGUCAUGACUUCUUACCUUCGGCCCUUGCUUCUCUGGACUGGAGUGAUACUUUUGUGCAGAGCAUUGGAUCCUGUAGUCCUACCUUCAGAAGCAAGCCAGGCUGUCAAGCAACGUCUUAUAAAUUUUACACAAUCGUUAUCAACAGUGCUGGCAUUUGCCUAUUGUUUGUCAAGCGAUACUUUUUGUUUACAGCUUAAUUCAACAAGCACAAAAGUUCUUUACGGAGACAAAUGACACAAGAAAUGUAUGUUUUCUUACUUUCUCAGUAGGCAACUCCUGUAUUUACUUGUUUUAAUGUUAUGUUUUCAUUAGGUCGUAUGCAUUCGUUUGCAUUCAUACUUUGUUUUGGCAAAAAUUAACUUUCCUUUUCAAUUUGCAGCA